AUGAAGAACCCAUUAAACCAGGAAAACUCAAAAUUCUCAGCAGAAUAUUUCAAGCGUAUUGAAGCUAUUGAUUUCACAAUCAAACAAGAUGAUGGAGCUAAGCCCCAGAACUUGAACCAUGCUCACAUUGUCCUCGUUGGCGUUUCCCGCACUGGGAAGACACCCUUGUCCAUAUAUCUGUCUCAAAAGGGGUAUAAGGUGGCAAAUGUUCCGAUAGUAAUGGAUGUGGACUUACCAAAAACACUUUUUGAGAUAGAUCAAGGGAAGAUCUUUGGAUUGACAAUUAACCCAGUUAUUCUGCAGGCCAUUAGAAAAGCAAGGGCUAAAAGCCUUGGUUUUAACAGUGAGAUGAGAAGCAAUUAUUCAGAAAUGGAUCAUGUGAGGGAGGAACUGGAAUAUGCCCGUAAAAUAUUUGCACAAAAUCCAGUAUGGCCAGUGAUUGAGGUUACCGGAAAAGCAAUUGAAGAAACUGCAGCUGUUAUAGUCAGGAUGUAUCAUGACAGGAAGCAAAAAUGCUCCAUGCCACGCAUUUCCAAACGGUACUAAGAAUGAGUCGGUAAAUAUCUGUAUAUAGUCCAACAGAAUAGUUCUCUAUAUUCUCUGUAUAUAUCAUAGUACCAAAUCUUGCUGAAAUGGGUUUGAUCCACCCAUUGUUGGUAGUUCGUGAUUAAUUUUGAAUGUUUAAUUGUAUAUGGAUUAUGGAGACAUCUAGAGAAUGACAUAGUGCCCCAUUUAUCUCAAA